AUGGAGACAACACUACCUCUUCCCUUCCUCGUCAGCGUCAAUGUCCCCCCAGGACUCGGCGGCGAAAAGGAAGGCCUCAACCGUGAGGAAGUGUCGAGUCUUGGCUGUGUCUUCUUCGAGGUUGCGCCGCAGACACUCGACAAAAUCCUACGAUUCCUUGGUCGCCAUAACACCGAAUUCCAGGCCUUCUUCGACGUGACACGCCUUGACUCUCGCGACGACAUCAUCACCCUGCUUGACGCUGGCGCCCGCAAAGUCUUCGUGCGCCCUGAGCAGCUGCCCGACUUCGCCGAGUUUAGCUCAAGAGUUGCCCCGAUCCUAGACGGCAACAACGCCGCGAAAGUGUCCUCGACUGCCACCAACCAUGGUCUGCUUGUCUCUGGCCUCGACCAGACAGGAGCCAAUCUCUCCCAGUUCGUCGAGGAAACCAAGGCAAAGAAGAUUCAGCCUCUCUUUAUCAAGCCCAUCCCUGGGGCCAACCUAGAAGAGUUCCUCAAGAUUGCGGCGGAUUGCAAUGCCAUUCCGAUUCUGUCAUCGACCGAACUGAGUAGCACACCACAAGCUGGGAAGCUUUCCGUGCCCAAGAUUCUUGCCGCUACCUGGAAGUCGGAUCGCGCGGACGGUUUGAUCCCUACCGUCGUUGUUGACGAACAUGACACGGCGCUAGGCUUGGUGUACAGCAGCGAGGAGAGCGUGGGGGAGGCGCUGAAGACACAAACGGGCGUCUAUCAGAGCCGGAAGCGCGGCCUGUGGUACAAGGGGGCCACAUCCGGCGACACACAAGAACUUGUCCGGAUAUCGUUAGACUGCGACAACGAUGCAUUGAAGUUUGUCGUGAGGCAAAAGGGGCGCUUCUGCCACCUGGAACAGUCGGGCUGUUUCGGGGAUCUGAAGGGCCUCGCCAAACUAGAGAGCACCCUUCUGUCGAGAAAGCAGUCGGCACCAGCGGGUUCCUACACCGCCCGCUUGUUCUCGGAUGAGAAGCUACUACGGGCCAAGAUCAUGGAGGAGGCCGAGGAACUCUGUGAUGCAAACACACCCGAGAAUGUUGCCUUUGAAGCUGCCGACCUCAUCUACUUUGCGCUGACCAAGGCUGUGGGCGCCGGUGUGACAUUGGCUGAUAUCGAAAAGAGUCUCGACGCUAAGAGCUUCAAGGUCAAGCGUAGGACAGGCGAUGCUAAGGGGAAGUGGGCAGAAAAGGAGGGCAUCAAGCCGGCGGCGAGCGCAGUCCCCGUUGUCCCAGUACAAGAGACUCCUAAGGAAGCCGCCCCUGAAAGGAUCACCAUGAAGGUCUUCGACAUGGCUACUGCUUCAAGAAAAGAACUCGACGAGGCUUUGAGACGGCCAUCGCAAAAGUCGUCCGACACCAUCAUGAAGAUCAUCACCCCGAUUAUCGAUGACACGUCGCCCGUCCUUAAGGCGCCGUUCCCCGAGUCGCUCAUGCAGCUGCCUACCGAGACCAUCAAGGCGAUGGACGUGUCCUUCGAGAACAUCCGCAAGUUCCACGCUGCCCAGAAGGAAGAGAAGCCACUGCAGGUGGAAACCAUCCCUGGUGUUGUCUGCAGCCGCUUCUCGCGGCCCCCAGAAGCAGUCGGCCUCUACGUCCCCGGAGGCACCGCAGUGUUGCCCAGCACAGCGUUUAUGCUUGGCGUGCCAGCUAUGGUCGCCGCUUGCAAGAAGAUCGUCCUCGCGUCGCCGCCCCGGUCAGACGCCGUCGCCGCCAUGGCGUACGGCACCGAGAGCGUGAGCAAGGUGGACAAGAUCCUCGGCCCCGGCAACCAGUUCGUCACGGCGGCCAAGAUGUUCGUCAGCAACGACACUAAUGCUGGUGUCGGCAUCGACAUGCCGGCUGGGCCAUCCGAGGUCUUGGUGAUCGCCGACAAGGACGCCAACCCGGCAUUCGUCGCCUCGGACCUCCUAUCCCAAGCCGAGCACGGUGUUGACAGCCAAGUCAUCCUGAUUGCCAUUGAUCUCACGGAUGCCCAGCUGUUGGCCAUCGAAGACGAGGUCCACAAGCAGGCCAUGGCACUUCCGCGGGUGGACAUUGUGCGGGGUUCUAUCGCGCACUCCCUCACCGUGCGCGUCAAGACGGUAGAUGAGGCGAUGGAGAUCAGCAACCAGUACGCCCCGGAACACUUGAUCCUUCAGAUCAAGGACGCCGAGUCCGUGGUGGACAAGGUCAUGAACGCCGGGAGCGUCUUCAUCGGCGAAUGGACCCCGGAGAGCGUUGGGGAUUACUCGGCCGGCGUCAACCACUCGCUGCCAACCUACGGCUAUGCCAAGCAGUACUCGGGCGUCAACCUCGCAUCCUUCGUCAAGCACAUCACCAGCUCCAACCUCACCGCCGAGGGUCUCCGCAAUGUGGGCGAGGCCGUGAUGCAACUCGCCAAGGUCGAGGAGCUCGAGGCCCACCGGAGGGCGGUCAGCAUCAGGCUGGCGCACAUGGAUCAGUGA